AUGGAGUCCUUCAAUGCCAUGACUCAAGGUGGUGAGCUUGUCAGCAGGUUUAUUAGCCUCCCUAAAGCAGUGGCUGAUAUGGUAGAGGUGGAGUUUGACAAUGGUAAUGUGUACAAUUUGUCAGCUGAGUAUUUGAGAAUAUGUAGCCCAGCUGUCGUAUCUGGGAGGCGACAUGUAGGAAUUAUGUCUGCUGAGCCUAUUGGAAUUAUGAGGUUAUUGUUUGGAGACUUGCAUAAGACUGGCAUUUUCAUGUGGAACUACCUCUACCAUCUUGGGAGCAACAAGUUCACUCUCAUGAGAGAUUACAUCAAUACUCUAAAGAAACAUGGACUUAGCCGGGAUCCUCCCAGUCCCAGAAGAAAUAAUUGCAAUGAGGCAAUAAAGGAUGCAAAUGGGCAGGUUAAGCAACUCUGA